CCUUUCACGGCUUCCGGCGGGCGGUUCCUGCGCGCGCCCGGGGCAGCGGUGCGCGCACGGCAGGGAACCGUUGGGGUUUGCAUUGGCCCUAGUGGACGCGGCUGUGGACACCAUGCAGCUGACCGUGAAGGCGCUCCAGGGCCGGGAGUGCAGCCUACAGGUGCCGGAGGACGAGCUAGUGUCUACACUGAAGCACCUGGUCUCGGAUAAGCUGAACGUCCCUGUGCGCCAGCAACGUCUGCUGUUCAAGGGCAAGGCCCUAGCAGAUGAGAAACGACUGUCAGAUUACAACAUCGGGCCCAAUUCUAAGCUCAACCUAGUCGUUAAACCUUUGGAGAAGGUGCUACUAGAAGAAGGGUCUGCCCACAGACUGGUCGACUCCCCACCCCUACCCCUCUGGCAGCUGAUCUCCAAAGUCCUGGCCCGUCACUUCAGUGUAGCAGAUGCCAGCAGGGUCCUGGAACAACUACAGAGGGAUUAUGACAGGUCCCUGAGCCGCCUAACACUGGAUGACAUCGAACGUUUGGCCAGCCGCUUUCUACACCCUGAAGUAACUGAGGCUAUGGAAAAAGGGUUCUCCAAAUAGCAUUCUGGGAUUGGGGGGAGAAAUUCUAGGUCAGGCCACAGCUGCAUGUUGCAUUAAAUGUGUUCUCAUGUCGCA